CUAGUAGCCGGCAUGAGAAUUGUGAAGCUUUGCAUAUCCGUCAGUAUACAUAACAGUCGACUAACGGGUAAACUUUUCUCAUGAUGAUGAAAGCUGCUCGCUGACUCGGGUUCGAUGUUGUGGCUUUGUUCGCUUUCCUUCCUUUAUGGUUAAUUUUUAAUUAUAAUGAUUUUUGGAGUUUGGUAGUUCACCAGAUGCUUUAAACAUGACAUUGUCGGGCACGAUCAGUCUGUUUUUGUGUCUUGUUUUUGUUUUAUUCUUUGGAUCUGGCAAUGCAAAGGAUAUUGAAUCUCUGUGUUCCACUUGUAAACAAAUAACUAAUAAUUUUAACAAGGGGUUUGAAAAAACGGCAAAGAAAAAUUUUGGUGGUGGAAAUACAGCUUGGGAAGAAAGAAAGCUGUCAAAGUAUGAGACCAGUGAGAUUCGGCUGGUGGAGAUUCUCGAGGGUCUGUGUGAAAGCAGCAGUUUUGAGUGUAACCACAUGGUAGAAGAAUACGAGGAGCACUUCGAGACUUGGUGGUUCAAGAGGAAAUCGAAGCAUCCAGAUUUGCAUAAGUGGUUUUGUAUUGAAACCAUCAAAGUGUGCUGCCCCAAAGGAACAUUUGGACCAGAUUGUAACUCAUGCGUAGGAGGAUCUGACCGACCUUGCCACGGAAACGGUAAAUGUGAUGGCGACGGGACGAGGGGAGGAAACGGAAAAUGCACUUGUGACCGUGGAUAUAAAGGAGAGUUUUGCCUGGACUGUGCUGAGAGAUAUUACAGUGAGGAGAGGAACGACACCUUCUCCUUGUGCAAAGAUUGUCACUCAUCUUGCACGACCUGCACUGGAGCCACUAAUAAGGACUGUGAGGAAUGCCGAGAUGGCUGGGAAGAAGAUGAAGAAGAAGCAUGUGUUGACAUAGACGAGUGCUCCAAAGAUCCCCCUCCAUGCAAAGACAAAGAAUACUGCCUCAACACGGAUGGCUCGUAUUCCUGCAAUGUGUGUGACGGCAGAUGUUCAGGCUGCAAAGGCCCUGGACCUGGAAACUGCCUGUCCUGUGCUGAAGGUUACAAGGACGAAGAGGGCACCUGCACAGACGUGGACGAGUGCGAGCUGCCAGACCCAGUGUGUACGGAGGAACACCAGGAGUGCGUCAACACUAACGGCAGCUACAAGUGUCGGUGCGCAGGAGGCUUUGAGGAACACGAUGGAGUGUGUGUUGAGCAAGCAGAACCAGACAGUCAGGAAGAAGGACCUGCUGAGGAUGAUGAGAACACCAACACAGAAAACAUUUUAACAGAACACCAAGACUUGUGACCUGUUGCGGCAUUUCUCGAGUUAGCCACUAGUCGUCAGUAAUGGCUCUGAAUAUUUUGACCACCAUAUGGUAUUUACUGUACAUACUUGAUGAACUGCACUUGCAUACCAGCGGAACAUGGACAACUCAUUACUCUGGGCCAAAAUAGGAUGAUGUCAAACCUUAGCACUGCUGCUCAUGAAAAAAAUCUGUUGUCUGGUUUUAAAUUUUUUCCUUCUAUUAUUUGUUAAGUAAAAUAAAGUCACACCACAUUGUCUUUUGUGUUCA